GGGGAUGUUAGUACCAGAACUCGCCACCAGAAAGCGCUAGUGUACGGUGCUCGAAUGCCAGUAGAGCUCUGGCAGUCGGAAUCGACUCAUUCCGAGUUUAGCCGCGGAGUUGAGAGCAUCUCCCUCACGGUAUUCUGUUGUGCAGGUUGCGUUAUCGUUAAUUGAAGGGGUACACAAGUUUAUGACAUAAAACUGUGUUCCAUUGAUCAAAAUUCAACGCGAUUUGAACCUAUUUAAACGUGUGUGAAACAAUUCACAGUUACAACACUAUGUAACCCCAAGAAACCAUCCGUUUCCUCAUCCCAGUGUGUGAAUAAUAUUAUCGUGUAUAUUCUAACUGAAAAUCACAAGUUAGUGUUCCAAGUGACAAAACCCCGAUACUUCAUAUUUUUCCCCAGUGUUUUUCACCGAGAAUCAAGUCUGUGAGUUGAAUAAUAUUGGGAAUUUGAGUAGUGUAUUGGGGGAAAACAGUGGGUUUAUUUGUGGUUUAAUUUUGUGACAGAUUUUUAGUGUUGAAGUACAUGAGAGUAGUUUGGAAAAAAUUGUGAAGUGUGGAUAGUGAAAGAGAAAAUAGUCUACAAAUUUGCAUGGAUGCCUCAUUAUGCUCGGAUUUGAUAUCUCGUCUCAUGGAAAAGCUGGAAGACUGUACGGCGCAUACAGUGUGAGUGGCUCUGAGGACGGUGAUUCGUCACCAAGGCCACAGCGCAGAUCGGCCCAAGGUCACUACCAAGGUCACUACCAGGGUCAAGGUCACUACCAAGGUCAGAGUCAAGGUCACUCGCCCCUCUACCAGCACCCGGCCGGCCUCAGUGACACGCCCACUUCGGACAACGCGUCAGACGCCACACUCACCGACUCUGAACUCGCUCUCGCCAGGGACUCCACUCUGCUCGUGCAUAACGGUAAGCAACUAAUUGCUGUUUCGUUGAUUGGAGUUUGUUGAACGCUGAUUGGGUGAGUUCAAUUCCGAUUAAUUAUCCUAUCUAAUGUGUGAACUCUCCCAUAAGAACCAAUGAUAUUCUUAAUUUUGUAAAAUUUAGGUUUAGUAUAUCGAUGAUUUAUUUUUGUUGAAACUGGUGAGAUUGAGAAUAUCAAUUCAUGAGAGCUUAGAAUAGAAUAGAAUACAUUUUAUUGAUCAACGAAUAUAUAUAUAACAUAUACAUGGAUCUCGUCACGUCGGUCAGGUACAAGGAAAAGUGAUAGACAUUUUUACAUAGAUGAAGUAGUUCAGAUAGGCUACGGUACAAUAUAAAACAAUGUCAGAUAACACAAAACAGCAUAAGAUAACAUGGAAGAACUUUGCCAUAUCAAGACCACUUUACAAUUUAUUCAUUAUGUGGUAACAAAUUCGCUGCUGAGGUAUUCCUCUAAUCUAUAGGACAUCCUAGUUAAUUUCCUUGCCCUAUUGCCAUAGGUAAGGAAAGUAUUGCUUUCCGAAAAAAAUUGAGGUACCCUAAUUUCUAAAUUUCCAUACGUUUCAAGGUCCCCUGAGUCCAAAACAGUGGUUUUUGGGUAUUGGUCUGUAUGUAUGUGUGUGUGUGUGUGUGUGUGUGUGGUGUGUGUGUGUGUGUAUGAGUGUAUGUGCGUCUAUGACACGAUAUCUCAUCUCCCAAUUAACGGAACGACUUGGAUCUUAAGGUCCUUACACUAUAAGGAUCCGACACGAACAAUUUCGAUAAAAUGCAAUUCAAAAUGGCGGCUAAAAAGGCGAAAAUGUCAUAAAAAACAGGGUUUUUCGCGAUUUUCUCGAAAACGGCUCCAACGAUUUUGAUCAAAUUUAUACCUAAAAUAGUCAUUGAUAAGCUCUAUCAACUUCCACAAGUCUCAUAUCUGUAAAAAUUUCAGGAGCUCCGCUUCAUCUAUGCAAAGUUUGAUUUUAGAUUCCCAAUAAUCAGGCUUCAGAUACAAUUUGAACAGGAAAUUCCAAGUGGAAAAGAUUGAGCAUGAAAAUCUCUACAAUUAAUGUUCAGUAACAUUUUCACCUAAAAUUGAAAAUAAGCUCCAAAAUGUUUGCAACAGUUGAUUCUAUGAAAUCAUUUCCUAUGAAGAGAUAGCAGACAUCGUUUGUCUCUAGCGUUAUUGUCCUGACACCAGCUGGCUGAGAUCUUUGAAUUAGUUGACUUCAGAUGAGCGUGAACACUACCGUCAGGUAGGCUAAUCAAUUUUCGUAACGGCAAGGAAAGUUGUGUGAGUGCGCCACGCCAGAUUUUUUUUAGUAGCUCCUUCACUUUUUUCUUGAACAUAUCUUUUGGAAGGUUUCUGAUUUCUGAGGGCAGUUUAUUGCACAGUACAAACUGUUGAUAUUUAUGGCUUUUGUAGGAUUUGUACAGUCUUUUGGUGGGCUUUACUAAAUCGAACUUUUUCUUCGUGUCAUGUUCAUGAGAUUCAGAUUGUUUAAUGAAGUAUUUUUACAGAUGGAAUUCCCGGGCUGGCAAAUAAUUUUUGAAUAGUAGUCCUCAUCAAAUUUCCAUCUAGCUGUUAACCCUGUUGUCAAUGUCUGCAGUAGCAGAA